AUGGAGAGGCGGCAACAGCAGCACUGGGGAGUGAGAAUCCCGUCGUAUCUGCAGCCGGCGACGGAGACGGAGACGGCGCCUCAAUCGCACCAGAAUUCUCCCCCGCAGCGGAGCAGCUUGGCGGAGAUUUACCCAAACCCCCCCGAGGUUCUUGGCCUCGAAUCAGUUCUCUCCAAUCUGCGCGUGUCGCCGGAUUACGGGCUCCGUCGCUACCACCCUCUGGCGGUGCCGGCUGCGGGUUCCACGUGGGGCGGCGCUGACGUGUCUCCCGGGUUGCGAUCGGAGCCUGGGUACCAAGUGACGAGUGGCAAUGUGGACGUGCAGGGUUUGAUGAUGAUGAUGAUGAGGAGGAGGAGGGCCCAGAGUCAGAAUGUUGGUUUUGCUGGGGAUUUCUUGAGCUUUGGUGGGCCCCACCAUAAUCUGAAUGUGGGCCCGGCCAGGAGCUGGCCCACUACAGCUGCGGAUGGCGGCGGCGGAGCCGGAGCCGCCCGGAAUCUCGGAGACGCCGCCGCCGCCCAGCCAUGGCUGUGGUAUGGCGGCGGCGGAGGAGGUGGCGGAGGAGGAGAGCCUCUGAGGUCUAGAAACAGUGAAAUGGUUUAUCAUGAGCAGGACCCUUUCUUGCUCUGCAAGAAACCAUUUCCAGGAAACCAAACUCUCCCAUUCCCUAAUUUGAACCAAAAUUCUGCUCAAUCCAUGGACGUUUCAAUGCCCAGAAACCCGAGCUUUUUGAAUGCUCUGACCUGUAAUUUGAACCAGAAGGAUGAAAUUCAUCAGGGAGCCUUGAAUCUUGAGGAUAUUCGAGGAAAGAUAGUUUCUUUAGCAAAGGAUCAAAAUGGGAGCAGAAUAUUGCAGGAUAAUCUCGUGUUCUUGGACAAUGAAGGAACUGAGAUUGUACUCUCUGAGGUUAUCGAAUACUUGGGCGAUUUGAUGAAGAACCAAUCUGGGAGUUACCUUAUUCAGAAGCUUUUCUCAGUGGGCAGUGAAGAACAAAGAACUAAUAUCAUUUUAGCUGUAACUAAGAAACCAUUUCAGCUCGUCGCCAUUUGCCUCAACCCCUUUGGGGCCCGAGCAAUGCAGAAAUUGUUGGAAGAUCUUAGUUCGCCGCAGCAAAGAUCCUUAGUAAUUGCGGCUUUAUGCCCUGGUGCUGUUACAUUGGCUUCUGACCCCAAUGGCCACCUUGUGAUUCUUUACUGCUUGAAAAAUUUCUCCUUUGAAUACAACAAGCAUCUUAUCAAUGAAAUAGCGAAGAACUGCUUCGGGAUUGCGACCAAUAGAAACGGGUGCUGUGUGCUGCAGUCUUGUAUAGAAAAUGCUCGUGGAGAAGCGAGGGAGAGUCUCGUAAACGAGAUAAUAGCAAAUGCUGUGCAGCUAUCCGAAAAUCCCUACGGCAACUAUGUCGUGCAACAUCUUCUGGGACAAAAUAUAGCGGGAGUAGAAGACAAUCUGCUGGGGCGGCUCAAAGGGAAGUUUGCAUCUCUCGCGUGCAACAAAUACGCUAGUAAUGUUGUCGAGAAAUUCUUUGUGAAUUCGGGGGAGCAGUCUACUAAGAUUAUCAAGGAGUUGAUCUCGAGCCCGAAUCUUUCGAUGCUUCUAGUGGAUCCUUUUGGGAACUAUGUCAUUCAGAAGGCAUUGAAAGUAGCAAAGGGCGAGGUGUUCAACGCACUCAUUGAUCUGAUCAUGAUUAACGCGCCAUCCAUGCAGAGUAAUAUCUACGGGAAAAUGAUCCUCGCUUGUUUGAGUAGGGGCGGUAGGGAUGUACAUGCAGGCGGCAGCGUUCUCUGUUCUAAGUAGCUAGCACGCAUGGGUUCGUCGGUUUCUGCUCGCAUUAUUGAU